AUGACAGACUUUGCCAAAUCCAUCCUUGGCUUGGGCUUCAAGAAAGACGUUACCCCAUCCGACGAUGUCUCCAGCAGGGGCUCUCCGUCGCCGGCUCCUCUGCAUUCCCAAUCCCACGAGGGUCACAAGAAGUUCUUGCCCAAGAAUUUGGCUUCACAUCCAACUACCGCGGUGUCUAGCAGCUCCAUGGCUUAUGGCACCACCACAUCUACUCCUGCUGACUCCCUGGGCCAGCUUUCUCAGGCCCAGUCUCGCGGCCAGUCGUCUUUUGCUAGCGACACCCACCCCUCUGUUUCAGGUGAUGCUCUGUCGACUGCUCAUAGAAUUACCGCCUCUGCUGCCAUAAACUAUGGAAUUAAAGACCAUGGGGCUUCAGACAAUCCCCACGUGGCUGCUAAUCCUAGAGCCAGCGACCUGGCCAUGGAGGAGUCCUCUCCGUCACCUCCAGACGCUUCCCAGCCCGUUAUCAUCACCACAGACGAGAAGGGUCAGCAUUCGCAGGCCAAGACCUCUCUGCAGCCCAAAGGUAAAUUGAAAGUGACAAUUAUAGCCGCCAGGGAUUUGUUGAUCUCUGAGUAUUCCCAACCCUACGUGGUGCUGACGUACGAGUGCUCUGAGUUUGUCAACAACUCUACCCCUUCCAGGUCCCCCAUGCUUCUUGCCCAGAACCAUAACCAGCUGCGCUUGUCUCCAGGCAUGCCCAUGAAACAGCCGAGAGACAAGCGUCCAGCGUUGUACCAACGCCAGUCUUCAACACAGCAGUUCAAGCUUUCUCUGGGCCAAGCAAAUCAGGUCUGGAACCAUGAGGCUGUAUUUGAUGUGGUGGGCUCGAACUCUGAGUUGGAUAUUUCGGUUUAUGACGCUGCCAAAGACGACGCCUUCUUGGGCCAGGUGCGUAUUGUGCCAAAUACUGACUCUCUGAGCGCCAAUAAGACUAUGGAAGCCAGGUGGGAGCCAUUACGUGCUCGUGUUGUAGGUGAGAGAGUCACGGGGCAGUUGCAAAUCAAGUGGCAGUACACUCGUCUCGACUCGAAGAAGCUGUACGGUCCUGACGAUUUUGAGGUGCUUAGGCUUUUGGGCAAGGGUACCUUUGGUCAGGUUUACCAAGUCAAGAAUAAAGACAACGGCAGGAUUUACGCAAUGAAAAUUUUGUCCAAAAAGUUGAUCGUGAAGAAGAAGGAAAUUGCUCAUACAAUCGGGGAAAGAAAUAUUCUUGUGCGUACUUCAGCAGCAGCUUCGCCGUUCAUCGUUGGUCUUAAAUUUUCCUUCCAAACUCCAACGGACUUGUACUUGGUUACGGACUACAUGUCUGGCGGUGAAUUGUUUUGGCAUCUUCAAAAAGAGGGUCGCUUUAAUGAAGAUAGAGCUAAAUUUUAUAUUGCUGAGUUGGUGCUCGCAUUGGAACACUUGCACGAUAACGACAUUGUCUACCGAGACUUGAAACCAGAAAACAUCCUUUUGGAUGCAAAAGGACAUAUUGCCUUGUGCGACUUUGGCUUGUCAAAAGCAAACUUAAACAAUGAUGGCACCACUAAUACUUUUUGCGGUACCACAGAAUACUUGGCACCUGAGGUUCUUUUAGAUGAAAGUGGGUACACGAAAAUGGUUGACUUUUGGUCGUUGGGUGUGUUGAUCUUUGAGAUGUGUUGUGGGUGGUCUCCAUUUUAUGCCGACAACACACAGCAGAUGUACAAAAAUAUUGCAUUUGGCAAAGUUCGAUUCCCCAAGGAGGUCUUGUCGCCGGAGGGCAGAUCUUUUGUCAAGGGUUUGUUGAACAGAAACCCACGUCACAGGUUAGGAGCUUUGAAGGACGCUAGAGAACUUAAAGAGCACCCUUUCUUCCAGGACGUUGAUUGGAACUUGUUGAAAGCCAAGGAUAUUCCUCCGCCAUUCAAACCACAUCUUUCUUCUGAAACAGAUACGUCCAAUUUUGAUCCCGAGUUCACCAACGAGUCGACCUCAGUUCUCAAGAAGCACAUGGAAAUGGCAUCUACGCCAUUGUCCCCAGGCAUUCAGGCAAAUUUCAAGGGGUUCACCUACGUGGAUGACUCAGCGAUGGAUGACCAUUUCAGCAAAUCGCAUAGAUAUCAAGCAUUCAAGAACUCGGGCUCCUUCAUUCCUGGGAAUACCAACCUUCCACCGGAUGAUGAGGUCAUUGAUGACCAAAUCGACGAGGAGGACGAGAUGGAGAUUGACAAUGAUGCCAACAUGGAAAGCGAAGAGUUUGUGCACGGGCGCUUUGACUUAUAA